AUGCCGUUUUCUCAUCAUAGUCAUUCUGGCCAGUUCUGCGAGGGCCACGCAAAAAACUCGCUGGAAGAUAUCAUUCGGACUGCGAUAGGGAAAAGGAUGCGCGUGUUUGCGCUAAGUGAACAUAUGCCGAGAAUGGCGCAGGAUUUUUAUCCGGAAGAAGUUGAAGCAAACGCUACGGAAGCGUCUCUAAUCGAGAAUGAAAGCGCUUACUUUAAAGAAUCCCAACGUCUACGGGAGAAAUAUAUCUCGGAGAUAAAUAUCCCCAUUGGAUUUGAAUGUGACUGGAUUCGCUCCUCGUCGUUGACGUGGAUCCAAAACUCAUUGGCGCGGUUUCCAUUCGAUUUCUUCGUAGGCUCGGUACACCAUGUACACACUAUCCCGAUUGACUAUGAUACCCUUCUUUAUCAAAAGGCAAGAGGGAUCGCUGGGGGUACGGAUGAGAGGCUAUUUGAGGAUUACUUUGAUGCACAGCUCGCCAUGCUCAAAGCGCUGAACCCACCAGUUGUUGGCCAUUUCGAUCUCAUUCGAUUAAAAAGUGAUGAUCCUGAACGAAGCUUCCAACAGUGGCCGGCAGUCUGGGAAAAGAUCCUGAGAAAUUUGGACUAUAUGGCAGAAUAUGGGGGAAUUUUGGAACUCAAUUCCGCUAGUCUAAGGAAGGGGAUGACUGAACCAUACCCCAAGGCUGAGAUCUGCAAGGAAUUUCUCGCACGGAAUGGCCGAUUCUGUAUGUCAGAUGACAGCCAUGGUAUCGAACAGGUUGCCCUUAAUUAUAAUCGUAUGCUCGAGUUCAUAGAGCAAGUCGGCAUAUCAACCCUGCACUACUUAGAGUAUUGCAGUGAGCUACCAUCGUCAAGCAACAGCUUCGAUCGGAGAUUCCCUCACACCGGGUUGCGUUCAGUCAGCCUUGCAGAUCUCAAGCAGUUGGCUUUCUGGUCAUAG